AUUUAUGUUCGGAAAUGGUCGGGACAAGUGGAUGCUUUGAUCGUUCCGUCUGUGGGCAGAUUGAAGCUCCAACAUGGCACUCCGCGAAGGGCGUUUCCGCAGUCUCCGUUUGAGUACCCGAUCCAGUGGCAACCUCAACCGGUUGUCCAGCGUCUCCAGCUGGUGGUCACGAGUCUCCGUGAGGAAAGUUCGAGUCCAAGGACCAUGGAGCAGACCUACUAUGAAGGAGGCAUCGAGCGCAAUGCUCCUCAAUGUCACUGGGUGCAUCCUCGGGUUUAUUCGGUUUGCAUACUUCAUCGCUGCCUUCGCAGUGCUCUCGAUCCAUCUGAUAUUUCCACCGGUUGCCUUGCGGGGAGUUGGAGGCUACAGCUGGGAGGACUAUGUUGCUGGAGUCAUGGAAUACAUACGUUUCGCCUUCGAGGUGAUAGCAAGUCUUGUGGUUGCCGGCGACGCAGUGGUGACGUGGUCUUCCCUGAAUGGGGCCCUAGAGUCCUCCAGUACGUUCAUGGCGCAGAUAGACCUGCAUCCAUUACUAGCAAGGACUGUCCUAAUAUUGAUUGUCUGCUCCUCCUAUUCAACCCCAGCCGAGACGUUCAUUGCUGAUACAUGGUCUAAUACAUGGGCAAUAGCUUACCUUUAUCUGUUUGCUGUAACUCUUGCUAGUGGUGUCAUCAUGUUAAUCAUCUUCAAAAUACCUGGAUUUGCCGACCAUGCUUGGCUCAACUAUGAUAGAAACCCCCACAAAGAUUGUGACGAGACCUGGACUCCAGUUAUUAACUUAGAAGCGGCCCCAAUAUCUCAACAAAAGCAAAACACGUCAACUCGUACCGUGAAGUUGCUUUGCCUUGUCCCACCAAUCUCGGCCCUCUGUCUGAACGUAGCGGCUCUCAUCUUCCUCUCACCAGAAGCCAUCCACCGCAACCCAAACAGCCUGGGUGUCUGGAGAGCAGUCGUGGAGCGGAUACUGCAGCUUAUCCUCUGUCUCAUUCUUAUGGGUUUCAUCAUCUAUCAGAUAAAAAAGGUUAAGAAGAAGAAGAUACCUUCUCCUAUCAAAGCUUGUUUAAUGUACGUCAUCAUCAAUGCAUUAACACUGGUACACUUGCUCACUGACGUGGUCUGGGUCGAAGUACCGCUUUAUACGCUGGGGUUGUUUGCCAUGGUCAUUCCGAUUUUUGGCUUCUCUCUUUCCACCUCCGUCACGGAAAAGAAAAAGCGGGCCAGCUAUAAAGUAGCUUGGCUGGCUGGCUUCAUGAAGAACUUUACCCAGAUCGGAAAGUGGCUGCGAUUGAGUGAAGUUAUUGCGGUGAUUCUGUCGCUGUGCGGCUUGGUAUUAGCAGCAUCAGCACUCCCGUUACCCUGGUUCAGAAUACAUUUCGAAAAUGACCCACAGCUAGACACACUGAUGGAGACAAUAAGGAAGUUUAACCAGUCAAUCACUGAUGUUACAUCGGAGUUAACGCGUUGUAUCGAGAUGGCGGAGAAGGAGUUUAAGGACAUUACCUGUGAGCAAAUGGCUGGUGCAGCGGCCGGCGCCGCCGUGGCAGUGAUCAUCCCAGGUGUAGGGCAAGCCACGAAGCAGAUUCUCAGGAUUGCUAGGUACAUGAGGAACUUCGCACGUAAAGCUUUGUCAUACAAGUCACAGUUCUACCGACUGGGGUCGACCUUGAGAAAGGUUAAGGGCGUUGUGAACGAUGUAAAGAAACCAUUGAUGGUUGGAAUAACGCUGGAGAACAUGGGUAUGAUAAUGUUCCUCAUGCCCGUGAUCAUCACCGGCAUCAUUGUCAUCUUCUUCGCCUUCUGGCCCAGGAAGCUCCGCAGUGGGAAUGUUCUCAUGGGAAUAAAGAAAUCAUGCCUAGUCCUCGGCACGGCUACCUUGCAUUUGGUCGUCAAUUCAUUCGGGUUGGUGCUCUUCGAAGUUUGGGGACCUAUGCUUGCGGUUAUCGCCGAUGGUCUUCCUCUUACUACUGCUGAACUUGUCAAGGAGAGAGGUUGGCCGCUUGUUGAAGGAGGAUAUGCUUGCGCUGUAGUAGCUUCGGUCAUCUUCUUCCUCCAGGCAGUGUUUUCGAUACUUAGACCGGGUGAAGAAGAACCAAUUGUCUUAAGCACUGGCGUUUCAGAUAAAAGGAAGCUGAUUAAGCGCGUCGGCAGUGACGAAAACAUCCGGAGGAAACUGCACAUCCCCGACCAGAAAGAUCUCAGGCGGCGAUCAGCCAGAACUCGAACCAAGAUAAAAAAGGUCACGGAGACUUUAGAUGAGUCACUCAAGAGAAUGAAGAUGUUUCGCGCCUCCAUGAUGGAUACAGCGCCACCUAGAGCCUGGAUUCUGUGUCUUAUGAUCACCAUUAUUGCGGUUGUGCUGUCUAUCAUGGCGUUUACGUACGAAUGGAUGACAUUUGACCCCAUCAUGAAACCAAAGUGGGCCAGACUUAUAGCAAUACUGCAUUCCGAGAGCAACAGCACAAUGGUCCUUCAAGACGAGAUUGAAAAGGACAGCAAAGAUUGCAUCUUUGAUAUAGACCUGAACCUUAAGGAGCUUCUGCCCACCAUCAUCUCGCCAGAGUUCAUCAAACUAUGGAGAGAUCUCAUAAAGAUGUUGAAAAGCAGUGUCUUCAACCUGUUCGAUUUCGACUUUAUAGACUUCAAUUUCCGCAUCUGGUGUCCGUUUCUAAUGAAAGUUAUUUUCAGCGCACCGAACCUUAUAUGCUGUGGUCUUGUCGUGAUUGGCUUCAUUACCAGCUUCAGCGUUCGGGCCAGUUACUAUUUCCCGACACACGAGGUCAUGUCAUGGAUCAGUAAAAUAUCCGUCUUCGUGCUUGUCGGGGUAAUGAACACUAUUAUUUUCAUCACGAAGAUAUUUGCUGGGACCGAAGUACCAUUUUACACCCUGAAUAUCAAGAUACACCCUGGUUUCUAUCUCUCUAGCGCGGCAGCAGUUUUGAUAUUAUUAGUGUGGAUUCUCUUGGUCGUUGAGACAUUAGCGCCACCUAUGUUCGUCAAAAGGAGUAAACACGAAAGCGAAAAUGACUUUGAACAUUCAGAUGAUGAUGCCUUUGAAAGCAGUGAAAGGAUCGAUUUAGGUCCAAAAAGGAUCGAUUUAAGUCCAAAAGUAGAGGGGCGGAGGGUAGUAAAGUCGAGUUCGGAAGUACGAAUAAAAUUAGAGAGCGUAAUUGAGGACAAUCAGAAUGAGGCUUCGGAUCCGCCCGUCACGUGAAGCUACUUUGGCCGUCACACGUGGUCACGACGUGAAGGAAAUGCAUUGGCAGGUGGCCGUCAAAACGUCACGUGAGGAACCUCUAUAGGGCCUAAAAUACCAUGUUAAAAUGUUUAGAGUUAGUGUUAGGAUUUAUAUUUGCUAAAAUAACACCUUUUCGCCAUAAGGAUUCUUUCAUACAACGCAACAAUAAGGCUUCUUGCAUAAUAGCAUGGGCCUCGGAUUUCCUUCAUGUUUUUCAUUACAUCCUACAAGUUUACAUUAACGACAAAAACGACGAAUGGGCAACUCCUUGCCCAGCGUUGGAGUUUGUGAUGCCAUUGUGAAGAACAUGGUUCCUGCUAAUAAGUUUAAGUGCCUUCCACAAUUCUGAUGGAAUCGAUAUUCCAUAGAUGGCAAUCGUGUCUGACACUCAGACUCUCGGCUCUUCCUUAAAUUGGAAUUGUGAUUAGGAAGCUCUGGGAGUAUGAAUAACUGGGCUAAUCCGAGGUAGCGCACCGCGCUUAAAAUCAGGAGGUCGUAGUAGGUUCAACUCUCCGACGGAUCUGCAUUGUUAUAUGCUGUGUUCUGGAGCAAGACACUUCUCUCUCAACCCACUGCAGGAGAAAUUGGCAACCUCAAGCUGGUGGAGAAGCUUGACAAUAUGGAUGUUAAUCGAUUCACGCGUAAUAAUACUUGCCAUUGUGUUGAUUUCUCUACUGUAAAUUUGCCAGUCACGACACUUGCCUGCCCCGCCGUAAAUGUCCAGGGGUAACUUUGCAAUGACAACUCAGAAGGUAUACAUUUUCAUUUCAAAUAUAACAAUUUAUUACAAACAAUUUACAAAUGCAAACAUUCGAUUAUCAUAUAAUAUACAGUAUUAUAAACACUGUUACAAUCAAUGAAUAUUUUGAUAGGCACGUUUUCCAACCCUUACUACGAGGAGCUAUGAACGACCACGUACAAUGUAUGCAAAUAUACAACAAUUUUCCCAAUUCCUCGUACAAAUACGUACAGAUAAGAGGAUUUGUGUCACCACACGAAAAUUAAUUAGUUCAUGACUUGAUGACACGACAGACAUUUUUAGUUUAUAGUUCGUCGUCAGUAGGCAUUGCAGAACCUGCCUCAUAUAAGUUUUUCUUGUACGCUAAUGACAAAAGCUCUCAAUAAAGUACAUGUAGGCUUACAUUGUAUGAGCACUGAUUUGAGAACUAUCCAUGGCCAGCAUCUUCGUUAUACACGAGUUCGAAUUCUGGCCGAUUUUGUCGAGUUUGUACCACUCAAUAGUGUAGAGUGGACAUGCGGAAGUUCUUUGAUGGUGACCUGCACUUGUUGUCGUGACGUGGUACAUACAUCAUGCGACCUUGACCGCCCGAGAAGUGGUCAAAAUGGAAUUUUACACUGUCGACCGGGUAAUCUGUCUAGUCUGCUGGCGGCCCGAAAACCUUGAUGCGUCUGUCGAGACGGGAUAAUAUCUCACCCAGGAUUGCAUCAUUUGACAAGUCUGCAGGAGGCAGACGCAAAACAAAUUGUCAACCUCGCGCAUAGAUUCUUUAUUAGCUACUUCACGACACUAAGUUCUUUUACCAGAACCGUGAACGGUAGCCGAGACUAGAUGUCGCCUGCCAUCUUCAGACGAGGUGAUGAUGUAUUGUAAUUUGUCUUGAAAUUGGAUGUUCAGAUGAAUUGGCUGUGGAUAAAAACUCUGAUAACCAGGAGCGUCAGAAAUUUCUUCAAUGUUGGGCCGAAAGUAUAGAAAGAGCUGACAAUCCGGCCAGUUGUUGUCGAGACACACUCUACACGCCUAGAAAUAAACGCAUUUUUCGCCCAACACAACUACAAGUAUCAAUCCGUAGAGGCCUUUCAGCAAAACGUGCUGAAAGACCUCCACCGGGUGCAGGUAGUUGGUCAAAUGUUCCUAAAGGUUCAAUAUUCAAAAGCUAAAAGCAACGUUAUCUCUAAGAGUGUAUAUGAUUUGUUUUGGCAAUGAUAGGCAGGUUUUGCAACGCUUGCGAAGAGCUACGAACAGUGAGAAGUAAAAAGAACUUUGGAAGCUUUCACCGAUCCCUCGCCAGGUGUCGUGUACAGUUACUGAAUUCGCGCAUGCCUGACCCGAUGACACUACCGUAACAGACCUUCGUCCUUUUUUCGUAAUGAUGGUUAAACCUGCCAAUCAUUGCUAUCAUGAUGAUCGGUGCUAAAGAUGAUAUGACUUGAUGUGUUUUAAGAUGACGUCGAUGAGGAUAGCGAUGAUACCAAAUGCGAUGGUUGAUAGGCCUACCAGGAGAGUUUAAUGAUUAUGACAACAUGUGCCUAUCGCCUAUUAAUUUCGGUAACCCGAACUACAGUGUGCUUCCUCAAGUCUCUCCUCUUUUCACAGUUAUUUACAGACAUAGACAUGUGUUAUGGCUCAAACACGUUCUUCGUCUUGCAUCUUUUUCCGUUUUGGGUGAAUUCAACGCCUGUGGGUUUUAUCAGGAAAUGACCGUGAACCUACAUGAAAUGUUCUGCAAAAUCCUUCUGCCUUUAACAACAUACGUGUAUGAAGUGUUGUUCAUAUUAUAUCCAUGCACCCGCCUUCCCCGGCCGAGGGCAUCUCGUGAAGUUAAGGAAAUUGAUAGUGAUCCGUCUGAUUUCUUUUAACAGGCUCCAAUUACCAAUAAAUUGAUUUUAAAUCCCCUACUUGUGCUUCAACUACCAUCAUAUCGAUCAGCCCUUGUGCCAUAUCAUUGGAGUAAUCUACAAAUUCCGAUUUCUGUACAGAUAAAAGUGAUUUAACGGGCGUAAAAUGCCAAGUCUGAUUUUAUUCCUCUAUGUUCUUAUUUUUCAAGAAUGAUUUUGGUACAUGGGUUUGUCAAGAAAACAAAUUAGUAACGUGUACCCACGUGGUUAAUGGAUUCCAUUGAAAAAUAGCUCCCUCUAUCGACAACACGAUUGCGUCUCAGUUUCUGGUCUAAAUUCUCCGCUGAAAUAGCAUUUAAUCCCAAAUUUAAUUUAGCAAUUCACUGAUUCACUUCUCUCUUUGUGGAAACUAAGGAGCUUUAAAGUAAUCCUUAGAAAUGAAUCUGCCUUAAUUUGAAUAAUUGAGAACAGGUCCGUGUUUCACAAUUGAGAACAUCUUGACUCACAAGGCUUUGAGCUCGCGAAGUCCAUUUAACGAGCUCUGUUAUGACGUAGAUACCUUAAGAUCGUCACUCAAACUGAGGCCGACAUACUGGCGGAUUGUACUUCAUCAAUUGUCUGCCCCCCCCCCCCCC